CAGUCUGGCUUUUAAAUUCCUCUUGCAACUCUUCUUGCAGUUGAAUUACUGGCGGUCCGAUGAGUGUAACAUGAUUAAUGGAACUUCUGGAGAGAUGUGGCCUCCUUUCAUGACCCCUUCCUCUUCUCUAGAGUUUUAUAGUCCUGACGCCUGCCGAUCCAUGAAGCUAGUGUAUGAGCAGUCUGGAGUAUUUAAAGGGGUGCCAACCUAUCGAUUUGUGGCUCCGAAGACUUUAUUUGCCAACGGAACAGAUUAUCCACCAAAUGAAGGCUUCUGCCCCUGCAGGGAAUCUGGAAUCCAGAAUGUCAGCACCUGUCGAAUGAAUGCACCCGUGUUCAUAUCCCAUCCGCACUUCUACAAUGCUGACCCUGUAUUGGUGGAAGCCGUCGAUGGAUUACAUCCCAAUAAGGAGCAGCAUGGGCUCUUCCUUGAUGUUCAUCCGGUCACGGGAAUUCCAAUGAACUGCUCCAUCAAGUUGCAACUGAGUCUGUAUAUAAAGAAGGUCUCUGGCAUAAGUCAAACAGGAAAGAUCAAGCCAGUUGUCUUGCCUAUACUUUGGUUUGCAGAGAGCGGAGCCAUUGAAGGUUCAGUCUUAAAGCAGUUCUACACCAACCUGGUACUGAUCCCAUCUGUGCUGGAGUACAUGCAAUAUAUCUGCAUUGGUCUGGGUGUCGUUUUGAUUGUUGCUGCCAGUGUACUGGAGGUGAAGAGACAGAGAAACACCAGAGAGAAGAGCCCACGAGAGCCAGAUCCACAGACUGAACCCCCUCAGUCUUCCGAAACAACACCACUCCUUUAAGAUGAUAGUGAAACCAGAAUGAUGCUGCAGAAGCCUGAAGUACCAAUCUCUUACGAAGGGUUAUUCCCACUGGUACCUGCUGUGCUUAGGGAUCAGACUUGCUCUGGGUCCAUUAGCAGGAUCCUAGAAAGGAGAUGCAGCGUUGGAUAAAAUACCUGAUUCCGAACUAUCUUGAGAGAGGCACAAAAUACUCAGAGGCUAUUGAGCUGUAUUGCCACAGUUCGCACUUCCUGCAUCAAGACCUGAGAUGAGGAUAAAACCAGUUCAGUCCUAGCAUUUGAAGUACAGAACAUUCAAAGAACAUUUGUUGGCCUGGGGCUGGCAUGGGCUGAGACCUCUUUUGCUACUUCCAGCCUGGCAGGGAUGAAGAAUACCUGGUGGCUAAUCCCCUGAAGAGUCCUUUCCUCUGCCCACAUAGUCUCUCUCCACCCAGAAUCCUAAAAGAAAAAGGCAUUUUAAUGGAUAAUCCUUUAAAGCAAACAAGAUUUACAUGUGUAGAAAUAACUGGUGUAUAUAGGAAAAUGUCAGUAUUUAACAACCUGUGCCACUCAAGGUUUAUGGAGAGGUGAUUACUAAAUAGAUCUACACUGACUGAAGUUCACUCCCAUUCAGGAUGCUAAUGCUAAUCUGGGAAAACUGGCAGCAAUUUGCAGUAGGUCCUAUUUUAAACUGGAUGGGAUGGGUUCAUUUGCUCAAGUUCACUGAGUAGAAAAGAGUUCUCACAUACUGCACAAGUUAAGAGAAAUAUGCUGCCAACUUUUUUUAUAUACCAGUAUUAGGCCAUGCAGCCAUGUGCAGGUAUAAGAUUCAAGGUUGGGGUGGUUGCUGUUUUGGAGAGGUGGUGCUCUAGAAUGAAGGCUCAUUUGUCACUGCUCUAAAGCUUAGUGGGUUUUUCCAAAAUGAGCAAUGAAUUGGUUUAUCUGGCUAGUUGGUUCCCAAGUGCCAUUGUGGGUUAGACAUGUGGCAGUGGCGCUCAUUUGAUUUUUGCCAAAGAAAUAUUGCUUAGCUCCUUGGCUCUCCCACUCACACUUCUGUGGUGAAUUUGUGCAGAGGCCACCAACUUUUAACUUGUAUGGAAACCACUUACUCUUUACAAGUAUCUAACUUGAAAUCCAGGGAAAAACUAAUCUGAGCUCUUCUACCUACACAGAGCCAGCCAGGUGCAUUGCAUUGUUCCACACACGAGAUCACUCUUCUCAUUGUUCUACUAGUGUCUUUAAUCAUGACACUGUAAAAUGUCACCAGGGUAAGAGCUAUUCCAGAGCUGCACCAUUCCCCAAUCAAAUGAGAUCUCUUCCUUGCAGUGUGACACUGGGUGUGCUACCACAUACGGGAAACUAGCUGGCAGAAUGUGAGGCUUAAGCUUUGUGUUGCAAGCUUUGUGAUGGCAGCAAAGGACUUUCCUAUGUGAGGCACAGGGGGGAGGGGGCGUGCAUGGGCCUUACACAGUGUAGGGCUUCCAGAGGAGUUGAGGAUUUCUUUUUACCAUGCAAAUUGCUAUGCCCCAAGACUGCCUGGAUCAGUGCUCUGAGAACACUCUGUGGGCUGGUCUUAUGGCUCUUGUGCUAGUGUUGGGCAUGCCCAGCAGGUAUGGGAUGUGGAGGGACAUCUAUCAAGACACUAGCUUAGAUCAUAGACUCUUGGCAAA